AGGAGUUUGGACACACGUCAGCUUUGAUUAGACUUUAGUCACGUGACGGGAGGUUGCCGGGCCAAUCAGGGCGAGCGACGAUGCAUAUAAAGCAGGAGCGAAGGGCCAGCGGGUACCUGUCGGGAGGAUCGGGCCCCCAGCCACACUGCUCUCUAGGUUUUCCACAUACCAGCAACGAUGAAGGCUGUGAUGUCGCUGGUGGGAAGCCAAGGCAUUAUCUCGGCCACUGAGGUUGUCCUCAUGGCUGCUGUCUUCUGCCUGGUCUUCCUGUUCAUCCAGUCCCUCCGGCAGCACGUGCCCCAGGGGCUGAAGAGCCCCCCCGGACCCAGAGGCUUCCCCAUCCUGGGCAAUGUGCUGGAGCUGAGGAAGGAUCCACACCUGGUUCUGACCAGGCUGAGCAAGAAGUACGGGGAUGUGAUGGAGGUGAGGAUCGGCACUCGGCGCGUCCUGGUGCUGAGCGGGCUGGACACCAUCAGGCAAGCACUGGUGAAGCAAGGAGAAGACUUCAUGGGGCGCCCUGACCUCUACAGCUUCCAAUACGUCUCAAAUGGCCAGAGCCUGACCUUCAGCCCCGACUCAGGGGAGGUGUGGAAAGCCCUCAGAAAGCUGGCCCAGAAUGCCCUGAAGACCUUCUCCAGCACUGUCAGCCCCACCUCCUCUUCCACCUGCCUCCUGGAGGAGCAUGUCUCCAAGGAAGCUGAGUACCUGGUCACCAAGUUCCUGCAGCUGAUGGAGGAGGAGAAGAGAUUUGACCCUUUUCAGUACCUGGUGGUCUCUGUGGCCAACGUCAUCUGUGCCAUGUGCUUUGGCAAGCGCUAUGACCACAACGACCAAGAGCUGCUCAAGGUGGUGACCUUUGGUAAUGAAUUUGGGGAGGUGGCUGGUUCUGGCAACCCUGCUGACUUCAUCCCUGUGCUCCGGUAUCUUCCCAACCGUGCCAUGAAGCUCUUUAAGGACGUCAACAGGCGCUUUGACAUCUUUGUGGAAAAAAUUGUCCAAGAGCAUUACAUCGGCUUUGAUAAGGGGCACAUUCGGGACAUCACUGACUCACUGAUCGAGCGCUGCCAGGAGAAGAGUGGAGGGGAGGAUGCCUGCCUCCCGAUCUCCAAUGAGAAGAUCAUGGGCAUUGUCAGUGACCUCUUUGGGGCAGGCUUCGACACAGUGACAACUGCCUUAUCUUGGAGCCUCAUGUAUGUUGCCUUGUACCCUGACAUCCAGAAGAAGAUCCAGGAUGAACUAGACCAGCGCAUCGGCUGGGAGAGGAGACCGCGGCUGUCGGACCGGGGCUCGCUGCCCUACACAGAAGCCUUUAUCCUGGAGAUGUUCAGGCACUCCUCCUUCCUGCCCUUCACCGUCCCGCACAGUACGACAAAAGCGACGGUGCUGAAUGGUUAUUACAUCCCCAAGGGUACCUGCGUGUUUAUCAACCAGUGGCAAGUGAAUCACGAUGAGAAGCUUUGGAAGGACCCUUCAGCCUUCAACCCCGAGCGGUUCCUCAAUGCCGCAGGGACCGAAAUAAACAGGAUGGAGAGUGACAAAGUGUUGACUUUUGGCUUGGGGAAGAGGCGCUGCAUUGGGGAGUCCAUCGGCCGGUGGGAGGUGUUCCUCUUCUUGACCAUCUUGUUACAGCAUCUGGAGUUCAGCCUCUGCCCCGGCGAGGAGGUGGACGUCACUCCUCAGUACGGACUGACCAUGAAAUACAAGAAAUGUGAGAGCUUCCAGAUUAAGAAGCGUUUCCCCAUGAAAAGCUCUCCAUAAGCUGCAGGAGGAAGCAUCAUUUUGCAGAAGAAAGCCAGGGCUUGGAGUUGGAUGCUUAGCUUGUGUUGCUGCGCUGGAGGCUUGUUCAUCUCAUGUAAAUGCAAGCAGGGAGGGAUAAACCCAGCUUUGUUAGGCUCCUCACAGCCCCCCCCCCCCAACCAGCUCCAUUGCCUUUGCCUGCAGAAAAUCUCAGCCUGGGGACUGCAGCCCUGCAGAGGGGAGGAGGAUGGUUGGGGCUGGGAGCAGUGGGGGGGAUGCUGGAGGGCUCUGGGGGCAAUGCGGAGCCCAGACUCCCCCCACAACACCCAGUCCCAGCUAAACUCCCUGAAUAUAAAUUAAUGAAAUGAAUGCUGAGCAUUUCUACCAACCCUUAGUGACAGCCUGCUAGAGAAAAAAAUAAAUCUCUAUAGCCAUAAGUUCACAAAUGGAGAUAUUUUUAAUGAACUCCUAACAAGAAGCCUCCUGGAAAAUAUCAAAGGUGAAUAAGCGACAAGCAGCAGCAAGAGGGACAGCAGAACACUUCUGGCUUUCAGACCGUAUUUGCCGCUUUCUCUUUAUUACUAGUGUUUCUUUUUAGCAAGUCUAUAUUCAGACUAACAGAAGGAGCGAAGGUUUGAGAAGUGCAGGAGAUGCACUGCCUUAUGUCACACUCUGCCUUAGCCAGCACCAAGGUGCAUUCUCAUGGCAAACAGAGCAUCGAUUCCUGCUUGGUUGUACUUCUGUAAAGUGCACCUGUAUGCUGGGAUAUAAACUGCACAGUAUUUCUAACCCAAUAAAUACUUAAGUGAAAGUUU